GCAGACAGGAAGGGACUUUAAAACUGAAAGUAUGAAGUAAGAGAGGCAGACUCCAUUUCGCACUUCGACAAAGCAGGAGGAAAAAACAGGUAUUACCAGUUAAUCUGUCAGACCCGAGAAGAUGGAUGAUUUAAGAAAGGACAAUCCUAGAGCCACCAGCCCUCCUCGGUAUGUGGAGAGGAUAUGGCUGAAGGGCGACGAGACCAAGCCUGAGAAAUCAAACACCUAUGACCACUAUGGCAAAGAGGAUGAGACAACAGAAGCACAGGAUUUUGUAACCUUCUCACCUGCAGUGUUUCAAUGCAGGUUCCAACAACCUCUAUACAGGUACAAGUUCCCUGGUCCCGGUGCGUUCCGGUGUAAUUUGACCAACCUGGUGUUCGUAAUGGCUAAAGAGGCAGAGCUGACGUACAUGACCCUCAUUUGGGACGAAGACCUCCUCAACUCAGGCGGAAAGACGCCUGCAGGGCCGCUGUUCGAAAUCAAGAGUGCUGUCGAGGACGCCCUAACUCAGCUCCGCUUCCCCCACGGUGAAACAAAGGAAGCGAUGAAGGAUGGCGCAUUGUCUGUGGCUGACAUCUCUGAUGAGGGAAUGAGCAUCUUGAAGCCGCUGGAGAUGACAGAGACUCACGUGGUCGUGGACGUCCCUCACCUCUCUUCCUUUGGCCUGGUUUGGCACAUCAUCAAAAGGUUUAUGACAAAGAACCGGCCAAUAAGGAGCCAACUCAUGCUGUACCUACGAACACCGAUCAAAGAGCUUCAAAUAAUGACCGUGAUUGUCCUGCAGGAGAACGUCCCUUUGCAUGAGAUUUCCAGACAACAAAAUGGUGCUCAGCGCGUAAGGAUCCCAAGCCACUGUCAGCUGGACUUUGGUAACAAAUACAGCAUUCACGUUGAUCCUGAAGACCUGUUCCUGCAGCCAAUGCAUGAUGAAUUCUCACCCAGGUUCGGACCAAAUUACCAUCCGACAUUUGAAGUUUUCCUGGACACGAGCACAGAGUCCCUGAACUUGAAGCUCCAGGACCAGAGUGGGAAAGUAGCCUGGGAAAACAGAGUGUAUCUGCAAGAAGCAAGAUGGUUAAUGUCCCGGCGAAUGCCCUAUUCAGACAUGCAGCUGAUCUCUCAUCGGACAGCGCUCAGCAAUGGGAUAUCUCCAGAUACUCUGGAGAAGCUUCUCGAUGUGCUUAUCGAGAAUACAAUUCUAACUGAUGAGCAAAUUGAAUCAGUCCGCGCCAAACCCCAAGAAGAAAGAGCAAGAGAGGUGCUGCAGAUGGUGCAAUACAAGGGACGAGAUCCCAGCACAAUCCUGCUCUCCGCUCUCCGUGAGGUCGACCCGGUGAUCUGCAAAGAGCUUGAGAUAGACUACUAAGAACCUGUAGUGUGAGGAGAAAUCUCAAUCUCAACCCUAAACCCCUCUGGAGCUUAUUCUGAACGCAGCAGCCCAAUUAUUCUAAAACCCCCCUCAGUUCUCCCACAAAUAUACCUGCCAUCCCCUCCCCCCAUUGGCUAUCAGUAGAUGCCCAUAUCUGCUUGAAGUCACUGGUAAUGGCCUACUUUUUGGCACUUUUCCUUCCUACAUCCAGGACAUACUUAAAGAGGUCCUUUUAUGCUUUUUUCUGGUUCCCCUUUCCUGUCGUGUGUUAUAUAGGUUUUUGUAUGGUCUGCGAAUGCUAACAUCCCUGUGUUUCCUCCAGAAGGAGUUUCUCUCACAAGAACACACCUAUCUGUUAUCCUGGCUCCAAACUGGUGGAUUAAACUCCCAAUUUAUAUCAUGACAGCUGAACGUCUACACAUCUUCUGGCACAGAAUCAACACUCACCUGGUUCAACUGCACCUUUUCCAUAAAAAAAAUAAAUAAAAAAAAUUCUCACUUUA